GCUAGAUGGUUACACAAAUUAAAAAUAAAUUCAAAAAUCAAAAAAAAAAUGCUUAAUAUAUUUUUUUCAAUUAUUUCAUCUAUGCCUUUAUUGGCCCUAGCAUUAAAUCAACAAGGGGCUAAAUUUUGUAAUUUCCCCACGCCUACAAGUACAAAUGUAACAAAGACGACUUUACGUAUUACAAAAGACACUGAUUUUGGAAUGCAACGAAUUAUUUUUAAUGGCAAGCCAAAUACUUGCCGUCCAAAUAUUCCUGGAUGGAACAACGAUUGGGACCAUGCAAUAAUUGUUGAAAACGGAGUUACUAUAAGUAAUCUUAUUAUGGGAGAAUCAACAAUCGGCACUUCUGCUGAUAUUAUUUGUAAGGGUAGUUGUACACUUAAAAAUGUCUUCUUUGAAAAUGUUUGCUGGCGUGCUGGUACCUUUAUAGGUGCAUCAGACGCCAAGCCUGGAGAUACAAGAAAAUUUACUUAUAUAGUAGAUGGUGGCGGUGCUUUAGACGGUUUUCAGAAAAUUUUUGCUACAGGAGGGCCAGGAAAAACAAUUGUUAGAAAUUUCUGUUCUUACAAUAACGAAAUAGGUGUAAUUUCUGCUGGAGUCUGUUCAAAACAAUAUACGCGAGAGGUUACCGUAGAAAAUUCAAAAUUCAUGGGACCAAUGCUCAAUAUAAUUGGUGGAAACCGUCAAUACAACGACAAAUGUACAGUUCGAAAUAUAUCAAUUUAUGGAAACAACAACCCUGCAACACAAAUUAAAUUUGUUUGUGAUGAGUACCUGGGGGCAAAUGCUGCAGAUCCUUGGAAAUAUAGUUACAAAACAGGAGAAGCUGGAACGAGCGAUGUAUGUUGUAAAUACCCUGCUUCAGCUGUGAAAAUAAUUAAUUGA